GGAUGCAACAAUCCGACCGGAUUCUUGAGAACCGGACUUCAUAUUUUCUUGCUAACGGUAGAGUUUUAGUUAUCUUUCCUUAUUGUUGGCAGUUAAGAAUUGGAAAUAUCAUUGAUGCCAAAAUGAAAUUAAUUUUAACAGGAAAUCCUUUCUGUGACGUAUGCUACAAAAACAGAGGAAAACUAUGAUGAGUAAAAAAAUUAUAAAGCUCUUUCAUGAUGACACGUUUGUUGAUUACUUUGGCAACCAUUUUCAUUCUGCAAGCCGGAACAAAAUCCGCCGAACCAUGCGACUGGAAUCCGCUGUGCACGUGCAGGAAAUCACACCACGACGUCGUGUGUCGAUCGGUGCCGUUUGCCAACUUCCCCAAGUUGCCUCUGGGAGACAUAUACCAAGUGACUGUUAUUCGUUCAGCUAUUUCUGUGCUAGAUAAUAACUUAUUUGAGGGUACUAACGUGGCGUCCUUGCAUUUGAUGCAAAACAACAUUGUCCAGAUCUUGCCGAAAGCAUUCCAUGGAUUGGAAAAUCUUUUGACUACACUAGACUUAAGUCAUAAUCAACUCACAGAGGUGCCUUUUGGAGCUCUGAGGCUGCUGAAUAACCUUCAGUGGCUGAACUUGCAAGGAAAUUUGCUAACUAGUAUCCACAUCAGCCAGUGGUCACACUUGAAAUUCAAAGCGGUCUUGAAAAAUUUGUUUUUAAAUGAUAAUAAUAUCAUCAGUAUCAAAGAAAGUGCCUUUACCCACUUCACUAACCUCACGUUACUAGAUUUGAAAGGAAACUAUAUUCACGAUGUGGAUGGCAGCUCUUUUCCAGAUGGACUCUCAUCGCUGUCUCUUGCAAACAAUCUACUUAAAACUGUGCCUCUACAUGCCAUUUAUACUUUGAAAAAUCUCCGAUAUUUGUACUUAUCUAAUAAUGUGAUCAGAAAACUCCCAUGUCCUUUCCAUAUGCAUACUACCAAACUAGAGAAAUUAGAUCUGUCUAACAACUUGCUGACAUAUCUCCAAGACUGUAUCUUCAAUGGAUCAUUUACUAUAAGGGAAUUGUGUCUGGAUUUCAACUUUAUAAAAUCGGUUCCUGCCAGAGUAUUCAAGAACACGCAACUUCAGAGAUUAUCUAUAACGAACAACCGGUUGUUAAACCUUCAUUCUGACGCCUUCUCUGGAGUAGAAGUGACACUUACAAAUUUAGAUCUCAGUUUCAAUUUGAUGGUUGAAUUUCCUGCGCCGGCGAGAGAUCUUAAAUCUUUACUUUUCUUGUCAUUGAAGGGGAAUUACUUGAAGAAGCUGCACAAAGAGGACUUUCAAACCACCAGAAACACUCUGGAAGUCCUCGAUUUAUCUGGAAAUAGUUUUACAAGUGUGCCAACUAUUGCUCUGCAGCCACUCAUGAGAUUAACGCGAUUAAGUUUGCAAGAUAACAGAAUAAAAAGUGUAAAUGAAAAUGAUUUCAAGGGUUGGAGUCAUACGCUGACUACGUUGAGUUUAGCCAAUAAUAAAAUGGUUCAUUUGUCUCACAGAGCUUUAUAUCAUUUAAAGAAACUUCGGGAGUUAAAGCUGUCCUUCAACAAUCUUGCUCAUUUGGAUAAAUCUGUUUUCCUACCUCUUCGCCAUUCUUUAGAAGUUUUAGAGUUAAGUUCUGCAUUCGGUCGCCAAAAUUAUCCGAUUGAUGUAUUCAUAAAACCAUUAGAAAAUUUAGAAUGGCUUUUGCUUGAUAAUAAUGAUAUCACAAUAAUUUCAUUUUCUUUUAUUAAUCAAUUAAAACGUUUGAUACACUUUGAUAUCAGUAGCAAUAACAUAAAGAAAUUACCAAGCGAUAUAUUUCUUAGAGCAAAAUACAAUCGACUUAAUUCUAUACACAUUAGUAAUAAUAGAAUAAACAACUUGAAAUGCUAUUCAUUCCAAAAUAUGCAUUCUGCUUCACAGAUUUUUUUAUUCAACAAUAAAAUACAGGUUAUUGAAAGUUGGGCAUUCACUAAUUGUUCAAAUUUACAUAGUGUUGUUUUAUCUAAUAAUCACAUAAGGUCUAUAGAGUCAUCUGCUUUUUAUAAUUUAAGUAAAUUAUCAAAUGUGUAUUUACAAGACAACAAUCUACACUUAUUUUCUCUGGAUAUAUUUGAAGGCAAUACAUCGCCAAUGAAUAUUAAUUUAUCGAAUAACUUCAUAGAGAUUUUGUCUCUUGGAAACAGUACAACUUCUUGCAAGUUGAACCUCAAAUCUUUAGAUUUAACAAAUAACAAAAUAAUUGAGGUACCUCGAAUGUUUUCAGCUUCUAUAUCAAAUGAUUUACAAUGCUUAUUUUUAUCUUAUAAUAAGAUAUCAAAUUUAUCAGGUAGUUUUUUUCCUAAAUUACAGAUUUUGCAUUUGUCUCAUAAUAAUAUCCAUUCUUACACAUCAUUCGUCUCUCGCUGUUGCCCUAAUGUGCAAAUUCUGGCAUUAGAUCACAAUGCCAUACCUGUAAUUGAAGACAAAUCUUUCAGGGAAAUGCAGAGCUUGCGAAUUUUAGAUCUGAGUCACAACAAAAUAACUUCACUUCCUGAUAAUGCUUUUACAGGAACCAAGUUAGAAAGAUUAAACAUUUCUCACAACUUUCUAACAACAAUUCCCGUGACUGCUAUUGGACCAGUGAGAAACUCUUUCAAAUUUCUAGACAUAUCAUCCAAUAGAAUAACAAACUUGCUUCCGGAAAUGUUCACUAUAUCCAAUAAAAUUCAAACCUUGAAUUUGUCUUCCAAUCAAAUAACAACGCUGCAUGAGCUGAGCUUUAAAGGUUUAAGUCACCUUCUCGAACUAGAUCUUUCGCAUAACGAACUGAAAAGUACAUUCAAGGAAACAUCACUCAAAUAUUCAAAUCAUUUGCAUGCGCUACAUGUAAAAAAUUGCAGCCUGAUGUCACUUCCAACUCUGGUAUUGCCUAAUUUACUCGUGCUUUCACUCAAGGACAACUUCUUUUACAACAUAUCCAAUCAUGUCCUAAAAUUUUCCAAUCAGCUGGCCUGUUUGGACCUGGCCGGUAACUUCUUGAAAGAUGUCCCAUCCCAUCUUUGGAAGAAGAUAAACAAGCUGAGGGAACUGGACAUGUCAAAUAAUCCGAUUCCUAGUUUGAGAGUGAAUAGUUUUGCUAACUUGGAAAGACUUCAGAAUUUGGACAUUAGGAGACUUCCUUUAAAAUGGUUGGAUCCAAGAGCUCUCCAUGGCUUAAGGUUUCUGACUUCCUUCAAAACAGAUUCUUAUGCUUCAGUUCGUUCGUUUCGUCUCCAAGAUAUUCUUUCUCAUGCCUCAGCCCUCCGCGGCGUUACGAUAAACAUAGAAGAAUCCUCAUUAUCGCACCAGAUUCAAAGUGCCUUUGGUACAAAAUUACGAGAACUGGUUAUAACCGGUUACAAUUUACGAAGGAUAUUCCCAGAUGCUUUCUCUGGCCUGUCUACCCAUGAACUGACCAUCAGGAUUAAAGGAACUAUGAUAUCCGAAUUCCCUGCUGGUUUACUGAGGUACCUCAGUGAUGUGAGAUUUCUAACUCUGGAUCUAAGGAACAACCAGCUGAUGACAAUGACUAAAGAAGUGUUGGCAGAAUUUACUAGAAAUGGACUUGAUGUUGAUCAAACUCAGCACAUAUUAGGUGGUGUCUUACUGGAAGAUAAUCCAUGGAUUUGCUCUUGUGAACUUCUAUGGAUGGGAAAAUGGUUACGAAGAUGGCUCCGAGAAACAUUCCAUGUCCACAUGCUCAGUACCGAAGCGAUGCUGUAUGUCAACAGUGUAGCUAGAAAGACUAAAUGUUCAGUCCUCAAUACUAAUGUUACUAUCUCUGUGAUAGAUUUGAAGUCUUCUGACAUUCACUGCGACAUCAGUAAUGGAAACACAUUUUGUGCGUCUUAUAGAAGAUCACUCCUUGCAUUUUCUGUCAUAUUUAUGAUAUAUUAUUUUCAAUUUAAAUGUACAUUAUGACAUUAGAAAGUGAAAUAUAAAUCUUAAAUAGACACUUC